AGCAAAGAGGAUUCGGGACCUUGGGGUCUGUCCCACGUGCCCCUUUGAGCAGCAUCCUGUCGGAUUCUCCUCCCUCCCAAGGCCAGACAGGUGACAGACAGCAUUGGUUCUUAGACGCCUCCUACCAUCAGCCCAGCUUCCCCCCUGGACAGAGAAACUCCCUCAGCUACUCUUCUGAGGCUCAGCACCCUACACGUUCCCACAGCCUGCAAGGGCCCCUGCAGAUUCCCAGGGCACAGGGCAGACUGGCAUCUGGGACUCUGCUUCAGUGCUCAGCCCACCCCGUUUCACCCUCAGAAGGGCCAGGGGCUCCCUCGGUCCCUUGCAGCCCCUGAAGCAUCUUUCCUACUCGUCCGGGUAGAGUGAGCCUGAGGCCAGUGGAUGAACACACAGAAGCUGAAAGCGCCCAGUAAAGGAUGCGUGAGGGGGCCGCGCGGAACUGGAGCACGGGCUGCUGGCUGCGGGCACUCUGCCUGGUCUGGCUGUGGACCCUCCUGGCCUCGGCUUCCUUGCAGCCUCCAACUCCCACAGUCCCCGUGAAGCAAGGCACUUGCGAGGUGACGGCCUCUCACCGCUGCUGCAACCGGAACCGCAUCGAGGAGCGCUCCCAGACCGUCAAGUGCUCCUGCUCCUCCGGCCAGGUGGCUGGCACCACGCGGGCAAAGCCCUCCUGCGUGGACGCCUCCAUCGUCCUGCAGAGGUGGUGGUGCCAGAUGGAGCCCUGCCUGCCGGGGGAGGAGUGCAAGGUGCUGCCGGACCUGUCGGGGUGGAGCUGCAGCCGGGGACACAAGGUCAAAACCACCAAGGUGACACGGUAGUUCUUGGGGUCAUGGCCUCGGCAGAACAGCUUGACUGAGCCGUGGACGGAAGCAUGGUAUCCAGUUAUCAGCCGGCAAGUCUGGAGGUUCGCUUACCUGGACACACGUCCCAGGUCAAAGGCCACACCCCCUUUCCCAGGGGCGUUUCAGUUGAGCUGCUCAGCGGAUAUGGACAAACCUCCAGCCACAGACCUAGUGUUGCGCUGGGCUCUCCGGGUCACGAUACAAUACCUGCCCUCAAGGCGUGUCCAGUCAAGUCGGAGAACUGACGAAAGACGCUUUAGAUCAUAAGCAUGUGGUAGCAGACUGUGGCUUCUGGGCCAUACGCUGUGGGCAUGUUGGGGGUGUGGGACUGAGACUCCCACAGCUCUGCAGCCACUGCCUGGUCACAGGGCACAAAGACAAGAGGUCACAUUGACCACCCACCGCUUCUCUCCCUCACAUGGGUCCAAAUCCCCAGUGCACUGCUAACGUGUUGAAGGAAGACACGUGUCCCUCUGCAGACUGGCUGCACAGCCUUUGCCUGGGACUGGCUUGACUUGCGGAAGAGACGCAGAGAUGAAGCCAAACUUUCCAGCGGAGCUUCUGCAGACAUGGGGCCCAGUUUGGGCUGUUGGUUGUUGGGCUAGGGAUGGACCGGACCUUCAGAUCACUGCCGUCCAAACAC